AUGCACAUUCACUUUGAUCCCAAAGGAGACCAUUUUCAAAUUUUCUCGAAUACGCGCGCUAGUUUAUUUACCCAACCGCUGGCAGUAGCACAAUAUGUACCAUUUGUUGAUAUGCAAAAGUUACCGGUGGCCUUUUACAGUGAUGGCAGUUCUCUAUUUAUUAUAAAAAACACAUAAUUAUAACAUUUCCACAGUGAUCAAUAUAUUUUUGACAUUAUUCGAACUAAUUAACUUCCUAUUCAUCGAUGUUCUGACUGGUUCAGUGCUUCGAGGUUAGCACUCUCAUGCUGUUUGUUAAUUCCUUGAUGGUGUGAGUAUUAUUUGGAGAUGGCUUCUACGUCAGGAAGUAGUUCAGAGGACGACGAGUAUGAUUAUUGCAAUGCUGCAGCUAGAUUAAAAGCUUUGAAAUCACAGAAGAAAGAUCCACCAAGGGCACCUCCACCCAGAGGAAAGCCUGGAGAAACUCCAGUCAUAGAAACUCCUAAUGGCAAUGACAUUGUAGUUAAGGAAACUGUGAAAAAUGGCUCAGUUAAAUCAGUGACAUCAGUAGGCCAAUGCUCAGACAGUGAUGACGUCGAAACGAUCUCAGAUUCAGCGAGUUCUCACAUGGAUGAAGGUGUCAUUGAUCUGUCGUCAGUCGAUGCUGAGCCUCCUAGAACCCUAGAAACACCCAUUGAAAUUCUUGACAGUCCACCGAGACAAGCACUGAACGAGAGUAACCUCGAAGGGCUUGAUGACACAAUCAUUGAUGACCCAAUGGUCGAUGUUCACGUCAGGUGGAAAUCGAAUAAGAUCGAGAGCAUUCAAUUGGACAAGCAUGAAUCGUUAAUGAAGAUCUUCCAAAAAUUUGCUGAUCAAGAAAACAUUCCAGUCAAUCGGAUAAUUGUUACACGUAAAGAUAUGUUGAUAAAACCCAGUGAUACCCCAGCUAGUUUGAAAUUAUCAAUAAUCGAUAUUUUAGAGGGGGGUGUCAUAAGCGCGGAAUCAUCGAAACAUCAGGAAAAUCAAGACGAAGAUGACGAUGAAGACAUGUGCAAGAUAAAAGCACAAGUGUCAGCGAAGAAGUCUGUUAUGUAUAAACUAAGGAAAGACGAGCCAUUCAGCAAACUCAGAGAACACUGUUCCAAGGAGUUGGAAGUCCCCGUGGAAAAGAUUAAAUUCUACUUCGAUGGAGACCAGGUCGAAGAUCCUGACACGCCUGACAUUCUAGAUCUAGACGAUGAAGCAUGUAUCGAUAUUAAGAUUCUAACAUAAUUAGUCCGUAAAUUUAGUAGAGGCAGUAAAACUUCAGUUGACUCAGCCCUUAGCUGAAUUUCUGAGGGAUAUCUCCGAAUCUAAGGGAGAUAACAAAAUUUUUGUGAAGACCUUUUUUGUAGCGAGAAAUGAGGCCUACAAAAAGGGUUUUGACAAAAAUGUUGCUCUCUGCCUUAGGUUUCGAGAUAUUCAUUGAAAACUGGCCGCUAGUCAAGAUCGACUCGAAUCGUUUUACCGCUGCGCUACUGAGUUGUCAUUCUUUCAUCUGAUCAUUGUGGUAACGAAUAUAGAAUGAAGAAAAUUAAUUUUUGUACAAUAAAAUACGUUCUUUCAAUCUUAA